AUGUUUGAUGAACUCUCCUUUGAAAUUGCUAAACGAAAACAUGCCAGAGAGAUUGAGAGUUUUAUGCUAUCCGAGUUUGGUACAAAUGAGCCAAUUACGCGCUCGUUAGGGGCUACACCAGUUGAUUUGUGCGAUUUCUUCCACGACUUAGCCGAAUCUGGAUACUCAAAUGAAAGGGCUACACCAGUUGAUUUGUGCGACUUCUUCCACGAUUUAGCCGAGUCUGGAUACUCAAAUGAAAGUUAUUCCACAAUUGUGUAUGAUAGUAAGAGAAAGCGUGGACUAGGUAAAGAACUAACCCGACGAGCUAUAGAGACAGCGAGAUGUGAAGGAUGUAACUGGGUAGCAACUGCUGCGACUGCAUCUGCAUCUCAAGGAGUUUUCUCACGGGUGGGCUUCCAAACCCUCUAUGAAAUCCCUUAUGCUGACUUUCGUGAGCAUGGAAAAGCAGUGUUUCGAAAUUUACAUGAUGGAUGCCGAAGUGGCAAAUUCAUGGCAUUACGGAUAAACUUGCGUUAUGGGAUUGCCACACGUUAUCAGGGAAAGGAUAUUUACAAAUUACUAUUAUCUGAAUAUGUCAAUGAGCCUAUCGCACAAUCAUUA